GCGCCGAAUCACUCUCGUCCCAUUCAUUCCCACCACCAACUCGUUCAUCCACCACCAUCCCACCUCUGUCUCCAUCCACCCUGAUCUCCCUUCACGCGCGGGCAUGACUGUCCUAGUCCGUCUCCCGCGCGCCGGCACCAGCGCCGCCGCCGGGUCCGGGUGGGACGCCGACCCACUCCCUCCCAUCCGCUUCGCCGAGCCCUCGACUGACCCGGACGACCCCGACCUGUGUACGGUCGUGCGGCGCAUCCGCGGCGCCAAGCGCGUCGUGGUCGUAUGCGGCGCUGGCGUCAGUACGGCCGCGCAGAUCCCCGACUUCCGCUCGGCGCACGGCCUCUUCGCGCGCGGCGCGCGCAACGUCAAAGACCUGUUCCACGUCAAGAGCCUCACCUCCCCCGCCCUACUUCCAGACCACCACGCGCUUCUCUCCACUCUGAGCCGGCUCGCAGGCGAGGCGCAGCCGACAGCCUUCCACGCAUUCAUGCGCGACAUAGACCGCGAAGGGCGGCUGUUGCGCGUCUACACCCAAAACAUAGACGGGCUGGAAGAACGCGCGGGCUUGAAGACGGGGAUCCCGCCGCCGCCCCGGUCUCGGCGGCGGACGGCCGACGCCUCGCGCUCCUCGUCGCAGCCGCAUUCCCAACGACCCUCCCGCUCCCACUCGCAGUCACUACAACCCUCGCAGCCCGCGUCGGCCGCGCAGUCGCCGAGCGCGAGCGCGAGCGGCGCGUCGUCGCCCGCGACGCGCGAAAGCUCCCCCGUGCGCUGUAUUCCGCUGCACGGCCUCCUCUCCAGCCUGCACUGCACGCAGUGCGCUGCGUCGGUCCCGUCGGCCGCGCACGCGCUGCACGGCGCCCCGAUCCCGUGUCCGCGCUGCGACGAAAUGGCGACGAUCCGGAGCGCGCUCUCGGAGCGCCAGCGGCGCGUGGGCACGCUGCGCGCCUCGGUCGUGCUGUACGGCGAAGAGCACCCGCAGGGCGAGGCGAUCGGGAGCGUGAUGGAGCGCGAUCUCCGAGGCACCGGCCCGCGCGGGGAGCGCGAAGGACGCGCCGACCUCCUCGUGGUCGCGGGCACGUCGUUGUCCAUCCCCGGCGUGAAGCGCAUCGUGAAGGAGAUGGCGAAGAGCCUGGCCUCGCGCCCCGAGGCGAGUGUGCGCGACGGCCGCGAACCCCCCGUGAGAGUCGUGUACGUCAACGCCGAGCCGCCGGCCAAGCCCGCCGAGUGGGACGGCGUCUUCGACGUCUGGGUGCAUGGCGAUGUGCAGGACUUUGCCGCGCUGGUCGCGGACGCGUCGUUCGCGCCGCCCCUCCCGAAGACGCCGCGGCGGAAGAAGGCUUCCGGCCUCUCCACCCCCAAUACGGCUAGCACGACGCGUAAGAGGAAAGCAGACGACAGCGACGUCACGCCGACGAAGAAACGCCCCACCUUCCCCCCCACGCCGGCCAGCACGCCGCGCAUCGAGAGCUCGAGCUCGAGCCUGCCGCCCGCCAGCCCGUCUCUGCCCCCGUCGCCGCCGCCGAAGCCCGAGUUUCUGCGCGUCGCGAAGCGCAAGUGCGCGCAGGGCGAUCCGAAGAAGCGCGCGAAGCCAAACAUGUCGGCGGGCACCAAGCCCGCGGCGCCGUCCCCAUCGCCGUCCCCAUCCCCAUCGCCACCGCCACCGCUCUCGCUCUACGACAAGUGCCGCGCCGUGGCGCGCUUCUCCCCCCCGCCGCCGUACGACGACAUGGCGGGCUUGUACGGCAGACGGGGUGGAGCCGAGUCUUGUGCCGUGCCUAGAUGAUCGGCGACAAUGUGCCUCUGCCCUCGCCGUGCGUAGCUUUAUAGUCUCGAGACUGCUGUAUGUAUCGUGCACAUGCAUGUGUAACAAAAG